AUGGCUAUCGUCGCUGGUACUAGCAUUCACUCGGUCGAGCCGGGACCCUCAUCCCCCGAAGAUGGAAGUAACUUCCGGCGCAGUUUACAGAUUGAUAUGAAGGGAUUGGUGGGUGAUGCGAUUGGAAACAUGAGUAUCAGUCCCGGCAGCCGAGAUGUAGUAUUAGCUACUCGCAAUGGUCUUUUCAUCAUUGACCUUGAAGCCCCUCUCAACGUGCCACGUUUUCUCCCUCAGGGAGGUACAUGGGACGUAGCAGACGUCCAAUGGAACCCGCAUGUUGUUCGCGGCGAGUACAUCGUAUCGACUUCUAGCGAGAAACUUCUGAUAUGGAACCUCUUUCUUACGGGGAAGACUUCCAUUGAACAUGUGCUGCGGUCUCAUUAUCGUGCCAUCACCGACAUUAAUUGGCAUACAACCGAUCCAGAUAUUGUUGUCAGCACAGGCAUCGAUUCAUGGCUAUGGGCAUGGGACCUACGGGCAACGCAAAAGCCGAUUAUGGGUCUCUGUGCCUUCGGAUCCGGAGGGACCCAGGUCAAAUGGAAUCGCCGUGAUGGUAAUUUACUUGCAUCUUCACAUCAAAACGAAGUUCUUCUGUGGGAUCGACGAAAAGGGUCACUACCCAUAUCUCGAAUACAAGCACACACUGCGAAGAUCUAUGGUAUUGACUGGGCUCAUGAGAGGACCAACGAGAUUGUCACUUGUUCUCUCGAUAAAACUAUCAAGAUCUGGGACACCCAGAAUCUUAUGCCAUCAGAGCCGAAGAUUACCAUACAAACUGAAUAUCCAGUGUGGCGUGCUCGCGAUCUUCCAUUUGGACAAGGGUUGCUCAGCUUACCCCAGCGCGGUCAGACAGCAUUGGAGAUGUAUAGCCAUGAUAAUCCUCUGAUACCUGUUGAAAUAUUUGAGGGUCAUGCUGACGUUGUUAAGGAAUUUGUGUGGCGAAGAGGGGGAUCUGAGUUCCAGUUGAUCACAUGGUCAAAAGACAAAACUCUGCGCUUCUGGCCUGUGGACCCAGACGUCAUGCAGAAAGCAGGGAAUCAGCCAUGUGUGCCUCCUGGCUUCGCCAUGCCACAGCACACGGAACCGAAGGUCACUUUCAGUAAUCCGCCUGUUGGUACAGACCUUCCCCCCGCACUAUCUGCACCCGUCGGCAACAGGGCGAUACUCGCUGAAGUUCGUGCACCUUUCCAUAACCGACAUGUCAAAGUUAAUCAGACACGCUUUACAUCGGAAUGGGAUGUGCCUCGACCCGAGCCCGAAAUCAUUCGGAAGGAUAGCUCUGUCACACAAUCGAAGCCCAUUCCAAUUGCGCACGAGAAAGGUGGGACGAUGACUCGAGGGCAUAUUGGUGGCAAGUCUCAGAUAUCGGCGCUGGAUUGGCUCUCCAGUGUGAAAGUUGGCGCAAAAAGAGAUGGGAGCUCAGGACCGGGUAGUGGUGCAGACAGUGGAAACGUUUCUCGAUUCAACUCAAAAUCAAGACCUCCCUCAUUAUUAGACCGUUCUGCUUCGCGUGCGAUGUCCAUGAUUGUUAGUGAUACUGGAGAGAGAUCAAACGAUGGAUACCAUGAGGGAGAUUCAAUUCAAUCACUACAGGACGAAAUCACUUCUGUAGUGAGUCGAUUGAGCACCUCAAAGGUCAAACUCGAGAAGGCGGAACUCACGAAGAAAAGGACAUGUACGUUCGGUUUGCAUGGGCCGUGGGGCGACUCCACUUCAGUCUUCAUUCGAGUAUCAUUUACUUUUCCUCGAGACUACCCUCAAGCAUCCCACCCACAAGGCACACCGAGUGUUGACUUGGAAAGAAACCCGCUGAUUUCUAUGAAGAGUCGUGCAUUUAUGCUCCGACGUCUUCGUGCUAUUCGCGAGAAGAAUCGCCCGUGUCUAGAAAAGUGUUUACGCUUUUUAUUAAUGGGAGACGAAGAUGAUACAGCUGGUCGACAUCCUGGCAUGGACUCUGAAUCAUCGUCAGAUGAAGACGCUCCGAAGCCUCCCCGUACUCGUAGAGGCGCUAGUUUUUCGUUACUGCGCAGUGACAAAAACCUAGCCGAGCCCAGGACAUCGCAAGGUGUCUUUAGUGUCAAUGGAGCAUUGGUAUGUUUCUUUCGCGCACCACCACGGAUUGUACGCAACCCCAUGAGAGAAAUAUCAGUCUCGCCGUCUCUACCAUCACAUAGUAUGGACACUGCACCCCGGUUGUUUCGAUCACCAGUCUUCCUUUCUGAUGCGGUUCGCCUUCUUAGUCAUGCUGCGCAGGACCGGGAUGAAGUCGUAGACUUGCGACCAGCUGACGAUGCCAACAACAUCUUACGGAUCAUGACGAAUUUGUUCACGUUUCCUCAAUACAAGUCUCGGCGGGUGUCAGAGCCUUCUAAGUCAUACGAAGACAUGCCUUCCGCUUAUUCUCUUCUACCCACGAGACGCAGCACUGUUUUCAUCAAAGAUGCAUCUGUGCUCGCCGGGAUAGACAUCGCCGCUGCGCAGGAUUACAUCUUCGAUAUCUCUGAUCCGCCUGAUACUUGCAAGAAAAAUGCUGAAAUUGCUAGAAUUAGAGGGCGCGUAGAUCAUGAACGGGUGUUCAAAGUCCUCGGAGCCGUGCUCGUUGGAUUUAGCAAAAGCUAUUAUAGCACGCCACCUGAUUCAAUGGCGAACGCUGCGAAUGACCUGAUGAUCAUGCAUGUUGUUAAAAAAUUAUAUGAUGACUUAUCGAGAAAUAAGGACAUCCAAAUGUUGGCGAUGCUAUCUCUAUUUCUUUUGAGAAUUUCAUCCAUGCCGACCAAUUCUUCCCAAACACCUGAUGUCAAUACGCCCGCCAGUGAGUUCCGGAGGCCCCUCAAUCACAAGAAUUUGUCUUUAUCUCCCAUUUGGUCCCCUGGGUCGCCUUCGUCGUCUUUCCAACACAUAGCGCCUGCGCUCGAUUCCCCGUCUUCGUCCCGCGGUUCAUGGUCCAGUUUGUUCAACGCGAACACCAUGCGACACUUUGUCGGUGGCCCCAGAACCAGGACGGCGAUACCCGUUCCUGAGAAUCCCCGUAUGCAACGUGGAUACUCUUCGCCUCUUCAAGGACAUCGCAGAGAUCCACAGCCGCCUACACCAACGACUAAAUCCUGGUCUGAAGCCACCGUUUUACCGCCUAUUGCAUCAACCGUCACGUUCUCGUCGGCGGGGCAUGUGAGGCACCCCACAUUUUCGCAAGUCUUGUCCACCCGUCCAAUGACAGUCGAUAAGAAACGCAUCCUGGUCAAUGUUUGGCCACGAGUCUGGCAACAAGAACUAACUCUGGACAUGCGUGGUCAACUAUUAUGCCAUGUAAUGUUCUAUGCAGAAGUUCUACUAGCCUGGCAACUGCCUGCAAAACGGUCGGAACUCCUUAAAUCGGUCGAGAGGGAACUUCGGUCAACGCCUGUUGACCCUGUAAUCAUCGAGAGAUCGAUUGGUUCAGACGGCUUGGGGUAUACUUAUUCGAGCCCGUUGCUCAGUCUGUCGUCUGCCAGUGAAAGGGCUAUCAUACAACUGCAUGACGCUGUGGAUGCGCCUGUGCACAAGCCGCCAGCGCGCGGCAAGGAUGUCCCUAAUUGUGAACUCCUGGACAGUACUGUGCUAGCACGCAUGGAGACCGGGUUAUGUUACUAUACCGUAAUUUUAACGUCAUAG